AUGUGGCCCGAAAUUGUGAACAAAUUACUGACGAAGCUUAGCCUCUACGCAUCCCGCGACAAUGGCGAGAAGGUUGUCAGUUUCAUAUCCAAUUCACUUUUGAGCGUAAAGGACGCACUCGGAGAUAUGGAAAUAAUGAAAAAGGAUCUAUUUGGUUUCGAGACUAAAUUGAACGCAGCUCAUGAGGAUUUUAACAUUUUAUUUGCAAGUGUCAAGAAUUGCGAUACUAUUGAAACGUGCAAGCAAAUACGAAAGCAUAUUACCUCCUCUUUAGCAGACCCAUGGCCUGACCAGAACACUAUCUGCUCUGGAAAGACUUCUGCCUGUUGCUCUUCCGUCAUUCUUAUUCCCUUCUUGCUCCUGUCUUCAGUACUAGUCGCUGUUAUCUUCCUCGUGCUAACAAUAGUUGCAGUAGCCUACCGUGAAAAUGAGAAGUCGUCAACUCCACUAAAAUCUUGCGGAAAUCUCGAAACCCAACUGUCUUUCCCCACAACAACAACUACACCUGAGCAGACAACUCAAUCUAAACCUUCUUCCUCCUCCAAUCCCGACAUUGAAGACAUUCUCAUCUGCGGUCGAUGUCGAAAAUUGUUCGAUACUGUGGACGAACUGCUUUCCCACAAAACCAUGAAUUAUUGUGUGAUUGGUGUGAAUGACCGUGAUUCUGAACAUUCAUGCCGUUGUAAAGCAUUAGGUGAACCGGAAAGCCUGGGUUGUUACUUCUGCAAUAAAAAAUUUCUUAGUUCUUGGGAACUUCUUGAACACUAUAGGCUGGAGCACAAUUUAACAGCCUAUAGGGUUCCUAAACCCCCUAAACCUUCUUCGUCAUCAACUUCGAAACAAGAAAUGUCCGUAUCAGAACCAAUUUUCACUUCGAAUAAUUCGAGGGUUAAAGAGAAGCCAUUAGAUUCACAGAAAUCUUUGGAAAAGGAAUCUAAAUGUCAAGAUGAGUUGGACGAUUCGGUUGAGAUAGUAGAAUCUCCGGAGUCUUCAAAUAACACAAUUUGUAUUUUGUCUGAUGAUGAAAAUGAUGAUACUGAAUGA